UUACAAUUACCCAUAAUGCAGCACAGUAAGAUAGUUCAUUAUUGACGGAUUCUGCUAUCUUGAAAAUUGUAAAUACAGUCUUUUCGGUCGAGGAUUAUAUAAAUAUGUGAUACUUUCUAGUGCUUUUUAAAAUUUCUGUGGAUAUUACUGUUUAUUCUGGCUAAAGAACACGAGUUUGUUGUUCGCAAAAGUUACGAGAUAUAUUCUAAUUUUGGAUUAAAUACAUCAUAUUAUUGCGGAAGCAGAGUUCAAAUGAGCAGGGGUUAAAAAUGGCGACUACCGCAUCAGUAAAUGUCAGUUUAGAUGAUAUUGAUCUAUCAAGUCUUAGGGACCCUGCUGGUAUAUUUGACUUGAUUGAAGUUGUAGGAAAUGGGACCUAUGGACAAGUAUAUAAGGGCCGACAUACUAAAACAGGACAGUUGGCAGCCAUAAAAGUAAUGACAGUAACAGAGGAUGAAGAAGAAGAGAUUAAAUUAGAAAUCAAUGUUUUAAAAAAGUAUUCCAAUCACAGAAAUAUAGCCACAUACUAUGGAGCCUUUAUAAAAAAGGGUCCAACUGGAAAAGAUGACCAAUUAUGGUUGGUGAUGGAGUUUUGUGGUGCUGGAUCAGUCACAGACUUAGUCAAAGCUACCAAAGGGAAUUCUCUGAAAGAAGAAUGGAUAGCUUAUGUCUGCAGGGAAAUCUUAAGGGGGUUGGCACACCUACACACUAAUCGAGUCAUUCACAGAGACAUCAAAGGCCAAAAUGUACUUUUGACUGACAAUGCUGAGGUGAAAUUAGUUGAUUUUGGAGUAAGUGCUCAACUAGAUAAAACAAUUGGAAGGAGGAACACAUUUAUUGGCACACCAUAUUGGAUGGCACCAGAAGUUAUAGCUUGUGAUGAAAACCCUGAUGCCACAUAUGAUAAAAGGAGUGACUUGUGGUCUCUAGGUAUUACAGCUAUUGAAAUGGCAGAAGGAAAGCCUCCACUGUGCGACAUGCACCCAAUGAGAGCUCUAUUUCUUAUACCCAGGAAUCCACCACCUAGACUUAAAAAUCCCAACAAAUGGUUGGUAGAUUGGUCCACCAAGUUCCAUAACUUUGUAGACUCUUGCUUGAUCAAAGACUACCAACAGAGGCACUCCACAGAGCAGCUACUAAAACACCCAUUCAUCAAAGACCAGCCCACUGAGAGACAAGUGCGCAUUCAGCUCAAAGAUCACAUAGACAGGCACAAGAAGAAUAGAAGAGGUGAAGAUUACGAGACAGAAUAUGAAUAUGAAGGAAGUGAUCCUGAAGACCAGGAUGAGCCUAUAAUUCAAGAGGGUGAACCCAGCUCAAUCCUUCAGAUCCCAGGGGACACUACUCUGAAGAAAAACUUCCAGCAGAUCCAGAGAGAACCUAGAAAACCUGACCAGAGACAGGCUGUGUCUGCUGCACCUAAUCAGAGGUUGAGUCAGCAUGGUCCUCCUCGACCGCCAUCUACACACCAGGUUGUCCCACCUCAACAGAUCCCUCCCUACCACCCUCCACCCCAGCCGCAGCACUUCCCACAUCAUCAGCAAACACCUCCCCAGCAGCAGCAGCAGCAAGCUCAGCAGAGGCCAUCAUCUAGUCACUUCCAGCACAAGCCCAUCACUGUACCAGUGGAGCAGCCCAAGCCUAGCUACCCUUUGCAACAACCAUCUCGCCUUUCAGGUCUACAAGACCAGAAGCUUCCCAGUGCCAGCUCUAGCCACCAACCUAUGCAGCACCUGUCAGGUGCCAAAUCCUCUCCUGUCUUUGGAGUUCCAGCCAAUAAAUCUGAGGAUCUGGAUAGGUUAGCUCAUCACCUGAGUAAGAUGGGGGCUGAAGAAAGAGUAGCCAAGACAGUGGUGUUGGAAGAUAUCGAGGAUGAGGAUGACGAUGAUGAUGAUGAUGAUGACGAUGAUCUUACCAGGGAUGGAACAUUACCAGCAUCAGAACCAGCUAGGCCUCUAAAGAAGGUUGAGCUUAUCAAUAAUCACUCCAAGCCUGUGGGUGUCUACAAUAAGGACAACACACUGGUCAUCCAUGAUGAUGUGCCUCAUCAAACACCUGCAUUUGACUUAGGUUCCAAUAAUGAUAAUGGUGAAGGAACUUUAGUAGCCAGGAGGAAGUCAGAGACCCACCUUGAUGACAGAAAUCGUGACCGUAGAAGUGACCAGAAGAUAGGCCGUCCACAACAGAGUCACAUCCACAAGACUUCCUCCAACUCCUCCAACUCAUCUGCUCCAGGUGCACUAGCGGUAGGCCAUUCACCAUCUCCAAUGCGCAGUGGACAGAUGCCAGACCUAGUCCCACCCCACACACCUCCACUGAAUAGAUCACCUCAAACACCACAGAGACCACAGGAUAAAGUUACAUCUGAAGAGUACAGAAGAGCUGUAGUUCAGCCUGCAAUGAAGCACCAGAGAUCUUUCUCUGCUUUUGGCUUUGGUGCAGAGGGUUCAACCAUUGGCUCAGUUUCUUCUAUGUCUAAACAGUCUCGCCGGGGCUCACAGAUCAACGUCAAUGUGACGCCAUCCCAAACCACAGAAGGCGUGAGUGACACUCCAGAGAUCAGGAAGUACAAGAAACGUUUCAGCUCUGAUAUAUUGUGUGCAGCUCUGUGGGGUGUGAAUCUCUUAAUUGGUACAGAGUCUGGACUUAUGUUAUUGGACAGAAGUGGACAGGGCAAAGUGUACACCCUGAUCUCCAGGAGAAGGUUCCAACAGAUGGAAGUCCUAGAGGGUCAAAACAUUUUGGUGACCAUCUCUGGCAAGAAGAGCAAGAUCAGAGUCUACUACUUGUCUUGGCUCAAGUCAAAAAUACUGAAGAAUGAUACAAGUGACAAAAAGAAUGGAUGGGUCAAUGUUGGAGAUUUAGAAGGCUGUGUACAUUUUAAAAUAGUGAAGUAUGAAAGAAUCAAGUUUCUGGUUAUAGCAUUACAGGACUCAAUAGAAAUUUAUGCCUGGGCUCCCAAACCUUACCACAAGUUCAUGGCCUUCAAAUCUUUUGGAGAUCUGAAGCACAAACCCCAGUUGGUUGAUCUUACAGUGGAGGAGGGUCAGAGGUUGAAGGUCAUCUAUGGUUCCAACAUGGGCUUCCAUGCUAUUGAUAUUGAUACAUCCAAUUUCUUUGAUCUGUACAUUCCAUCUCAUUAUCGAGGUCAAGGAAAUUCAGUAGCCAGUAACCAAUCAGGUUGCAUCACGUUUUAUGUCAAUCAGAAUCCUGGUCCCAUCAGCCCACACACAAUAGUUAUACUGCCAGAGACCAAUGGACUUCAACUGCUCUUGUGCUAUGACAAUGAAGGUGUGUAUGUGGACACAAUGGGCAAGAUCACCAAGAAUGUUGUCUUACAGUGGGGGGAACUGCCCACUUCUGUAGCCUACAUCAGCACAGGUCAGAUCAUGGGCUGGGGGAAUAAAGCCAUUGAAAUCAGAUCAGCUGAGACUGGACACCUGGAUGGUGUGUUUAUGCACAAGAAGUCACAGAAGCUCAAGUUUUUAUGUGAGAGAAAUGAUAAAGUGUUCUUUUCAUCUGUAAGGUCAGGCUCCAACUGCCAGAUUUACUUUAUGACCUUAAGCAAGCCAGGCCUGGCCAACUGGUGAUCUAUUUCAAUCUAGUCUAGAAAGGAGACUAUAGAGAUUGGUCAAGACUCAUUACACUGUUCCAUAAGUUGAAAUGUUAUUUAUGAUUGCACUAGUGGAUAUACUCUUCAUGUAGACAUUCUGUGCUAUCUUUUAUAAUGUUAUUGAUUGUUGGUAUAUUUUUUUAAACUGAGCCCUAGAAUGAUUUUUUUUUUCGGCUUCUAAUUUUGUAGUCAUUUAUUUGUAAAACACAUUUUUCCAUCAUAUUUUUUGUUCAUUUGAUUCUGUAAAUGUUGAUUUUGUUUCAACUAAAAAAAACAAAAACUUUUGAGUAACAUGUGUGAUGAUGGUUUUGUUGAGGAAUCCACUAUUUGUUUUAGGCUCAUACCUUAUCAUACUUUAGGGCUAGAAGGUUAUGCACUUCAAAUGUCAUCAGAUGCAGUUUUGUUUAGGUCCAUAAGUAGCUAUGUAUGCAAGGUUAGGGAUAAACUUGUAGCUUAUAUGCAAGGCUGGGGGCUUGUCUUUCAUCUCACUAGCAAAAUCUAUUCAUUUUGGUCUUGUGCUGGAACUGUUACCUUAUCUUAGUGCUCCCUUAGGCAAAACUUACUUUAAGGAGUGGUUCCUUGUGGCAUUGUUGUUGUUUUUUUCUUUCUUUUCAUAUAAAUUUGUGAAAGAAGUGGUGUUUGUAUCUAUGAGAUUAUGCCUGUAAAUCUCAUGUAUUUAUGCAAAUUAUGACCUUUGAAUAUGCAUGCAUUCUUGCAUCCACAGAAUAGUGUUAAGCUGUACAUAGCUUUGAGGAAGUAGCUCAGAAGCAGUUUGAUUGUGGAUGAAAGGAUUUAUGUUGAGCAUUUGUGAACAUUGGUGCCUGAAUUAUUUUGGCUAGAGACCUUGAUGUGUAAAAUAUGGAAUCUAUUUAUAAUGUAAUGACUUGGUGAAUCCUGUACACAUUUUUAAAAUCAUUUUUUCUUUUGUUUCAUUUAUUGGCUUGAGUCGUUGGGAAGGUAUUAUCUUGUUUUAAUAAUGGUGCUUUAAUUUCAUACUUGAAACAUGUCAUUACUUUUGCCUAGAGUUCAACAAGUGCUUGCUAUGCUGAGAAGUGCUGUAGAACAGAAUAGGGUUGAUACGAUUUUGUUUUCAAUGGAAAGAGUUAGAAUUGUUUUCUAUUACAUGCAUGUGUGUGAGAGUGUCAUUUUAUAGUGUGAGAGAUUGUGUUGACAGACAUAUUUGAGAAAUUGUUCAGCUUUUAGUUUCUUUUAUCUUCUAGUGCUAACUCAAUAAUCAGUGCAGUAUAUCUAUUACACACACACAGCCCAUACUGUCACUUGAGUUGAUUAGCAUUGUUUUUUAAUUAGCUGAUUUAACUCUAAAAACUUGAUCACUUCAAACUUCCUAACACUUGAUUAUAGCAUAGAUUUCUUUGCUCAGACGAAAUUGUCUUUAUCAACAAAAUUUGGACCAAAUUAGAUCAAGUUUUGUGUUCAAGCAUUUUCUGGUUGAUAAUGUUGCAAGUCUAAACAAUGUUUGUGGGUUAUUGAUCUCUCUGCUCAAUAUGUGUAUAUAUACUGCUUAGUUCAUUUCUCUCUUGGUUCAUAUUUAUUGAAGGUUGAAAUGGACAUUGGUCAGUCAUAAACUGGGAAGUACUUAUGAGCUCUGAACAACUGCUGAAAUACUAUAUGAAUGAGUUUGACAAGACUGCCAGCAGUUUGGUAUUUUUGUACAAGUGAAUCCUUCUUGUCUGACUUUGGGUUAAACACAUUAUGACUCUAUUAAUCUUUUUUAUGUAAUUGAGUACAAGCCUGUUAUGAACUUAAGAAAGAAUAUUUUUUAUAAGAGAGACAUCAGAUCAAAACAACCUGACAUUUGGGGUCAGGAGUCAUUCUUAGUCACCCCACAUUUCUUCAGUCCAUUGCAAUGGUCACUAAACUUGUUUACCAGAUCACUCUUAUGUUGUUCAUCUGUUGUAUUUUGUUCAGAACAGCUGUUGUUUUAUACAUGUCCUAAUCACAUGCCUUUGUAACCUCUCUAAUUGGUGUUUUUAUCUGGCCACCCUUGCUGGUGACUUCUUUAUGCUGAUGUGAAUCAGCUGAAUCAACUCAUCUAGUCUCCAAGUUGCUGUGAACACUGUACCAUAGUUUGUAACAUAAUCUUAUCUGUCCUGCUUGUAACAUACACACCAAGUGGUUUUGUUCUUCUGCAUUGCUCCUAAAUGUUUCUUGUUCUUUGAAUGCAUGUUGUUUAUAGAAUCCUUGAUAUUUUUAUGAUUGUAUUUAUAGACGAUGGUGUGAACACAAUUUUUAUAUUCAUUAAACUUAAGGUAGGACUUCACUUGGACUUGAUGGAAGAUUCUGAAAUAUAUAUGUACAAACUCUCUACAGACAUUAUCUAAGAGAUUCAAGUUCACCAUAACUUAGUGUCGUCAUAAGACAUUUACUGCAUCUCAAUACAAAAACUUUCACCAUCAUUGUUGUUAACUAUACCUGCUUUUUUUUAAAUACCAUAUCUUGGUAAUAGAUGAAUCCUACCAACUUGAAGACCCCUUUAAGCAUUAGGACAAGUAGAGAUGAACACAAAAAAAAUGCAUGUUAUUGUGUAUUUUUCUUCCCAUCCAACGCACAAAGUCCCUUUAUGUUAAUACAGUCUUUCCUACAGUGAAAGUGAACUAGUGCUACCAUUCAGACUUGUGGAAAUGAGAUCCUGCUGUAUGAAAGUGCUGUAUCUAACUGCAGAAAUGAGUUAUAACUUGCUUUCUCAGACCUUAAGCAAAGUAAUGUAGUUCUCUGCUGCUAAUGUUUUCUGCUAAAUGAUGACACUUGCUAAACAAAUUUUUAGCACAAAGAUGACUCAAGACAAAAUAAGUGCAUCCCUUGACUGGAAAGUGUUGUUGGAUUCUGUUUCUUAUCUCCCUUGUUUGCCUCUGUUCUCAGUAUUAAUUGGUUUGUGAAGUUCAUUGGAUUGUUUGGUCACAUGACACUGGGCAUUAAUAUGAAUGGAUGAGUAGUGGUGCAAGGGUAUAGGCUGGACAAGUCCAGUAUUUAUUUUUCUAUUUAAACAAAAAAUCAAAAUGUUUGGAUGAGGAGAUUGAGUCUGGUGAACUGUUGGACUUCCUGUUUUCUAGAGAGAGAUUUUUAUAAUUGUUUUUUCAAAGUGGGUAGAUAGAGGUUCAUUUUGUGAAGUGUGCAUGAGAUAUAAUAAUAAGAAUUAGUUUGCCCUAAAUGUACAUUUUUGAUGUUAUGAAUUCCUGCUGGUGAAUGAGCUGACUUUAUAUUGGGUUGACCUUUCUAUCACUAUAUGCAGACAUCUGUUUUGAUUCAGAAAUGUUUGAACAAAUUGGGUUCUUGUGCUGAACUUUGUGUUUGUUGCAUGCUCUGUCAAUGACACUAUUUCAUUUUGUGUCUGGCUUGAAAGAGUCCAAUGACAUUUUGACUAGACUCAUGUCUGAAGAAGUGCUGCUUGAUUAUUCUUUAGACAUGAACUUUAUGAAUGGUAAUGUUUGUUUUCUGGUUUAAACAUCAUUUUGUAAUAUAGUAUCAUGUAACUUAUAUAUAUAUAUAUAUAUUUAUAUAUAUAGUUUUGUAUUGGUUGAGUCUACCACAUACACAUACUAUGUGAGUUAGUUCUUAUGGUCACAGUGUAACUACUUCAGUACCCAGCUACAAUCUAUAAAUAGUUCAAGGGGAAAUAAGGGUACUGACUUAUUGUAGCACUAUUUUACUAGAGUCUCAUCCAUUCAUUACAGCUUUCUAGUUUGUUUCUAAUUAUUGCUGUCCCAUGUUGUAUUUAGAUUUAUACCAAGCUCAGCUGACAUCACAAUUGUUUUGAUCUUUCCACCGUCUGUGAGCUGCAAGUAACACUCAUUGAGUUAUUCACUUGGAUGUAGUUUGGCUAAAUGUUUGGCAUUGAUAAUAGGUCCACCCACCUUUGGUAGCCUUAACACAUCACCUUAAUCUUGGACUGUUCAUUGCUGUGUGAUUGGUUUUUGCUUUCAAGUUGACAUUGCUAUACUAGAGUAGGUGUUCUAGUUGUUUACUGAUAGAAUUAAUGUUCUAUGGACUUCAAUGGAUGUUAAAUACUUGUAGAACUGAACAUCAAAUGUUUCUGUCAACACAUCUAUAUGUUUUAUUCUAUUUAUCUCACCUCUCUGAUGAGUUGGUCUAUCAUUGGGUGCAUUGCCAUUGGACCUUUGACAAUGGCAGUUGUGUGAUGAAUGCACUACUCUUCAAACUAGGUCCCACUCUAAGCUCCCUGAGUAGUUCCAUUAUUGUCUAAGUCCAUGUAUAUCAUCUAGUAGGCUUUUUGACACAUUUAUACAGCACAGGUAUCAAAAUUUUCUGUGACAAACUUUUUUUUAAUUAUGUGACUUGAUCUGAACAUGUUCUGUUGCAAUCUUUUUAUUUUAAAGAUAAGUUCAUUGUAUUGUAUUGAAGGGACUGAAUGUUUGUAUCAAAAGGAGAAAUGUCUAGAGAGAAAGCUCAACCUGUCCAUGACUUCUCUGAUAGUCACAAGUUACAUUAUUAUUAGGGACAUUGGAAUAUAAUUUGUGUCAUGUUUUUUUUUUCAAAUAAAAUGUGCAAUGAUUAUAAAUAA